ACGUCCUCCCUGCCUCCGGGGCUGGCCGGGCUCCCGCGACGGCCUCCCACCCUGGGCAGCCACGGCCGGGCACAGCGGGAAGGAGCCCCACCGGAGCCGAGCCCGGUUCCUCUUUUCCCGUCCAGGCCUUGCAAAGGCGACUCCCUCCCCCCGAAAAACUUCCCGGGGGCGGUGCUUGCGCGCUGACUGGCGGGCGCCCAGGCGAAUGGACGGCUAGAAAAGGAGGGUGGGGCGGGGGUGCCUCUUUUCCUGCAAAAGCUGCCGCUGAGAAUCGGAGCCCCAAAUUGUGGGAGAGGCUCGGCGUCCCGGAACCUGCCGCGAGUAGGCCUCAGCCCCAGCGGCAAUGGCUCGGCCCCUGACAGACCAGGAGAAGCGGAAGCAGAUCAGCAUCCGUGGCAUCGUCGGGGUGGAGAAUGUGGCCGAGCUGAAGAAGGGCUUCAACCGGCACCUGCACUUCACGCUGGUCAAGGACCGGAAUGUGGCCACCCCUCGAGACUACUACUUUGCCCUGGCGCACACCGUGCGUGAUCAUCUGGUGGGCCGGUGGAUCCGCACCCAGCAGUACUACUACGAGAAGGACCCCAAGAGAAUUUACUACCUUUCCUUAGAGUUCUACAUGGGCCGCACUUUGCAGAAUACCAUGAUAAACCUGGGAUUGCAGAAUGCCUGCGACGAGGCGAUUUAUCAGUUAGGGCUGGACAUAGAAGAGCUGGAGGACAUGGAAGAAGAUGCUGGCCUGGGAAACGGUGGCCUUGGACGGCUUGCUGCCUGCUUCCUAGACUCCAUGGCAACCAUGGGUCUCGCUGCCUAUGGUUAUGGGAUCCGUUAUGAGUAUGGAAUCUUCAAUCAGAAGAUCAGAGAUGGAUGGCAGGUGGAGGAGGCAGAUGAUUGGCUGAGACACGGGAACCCCUGGGAGAAAGCCCGGCCGGAAUACAUGCUUCCCAUUCAUUUUUAUGGAAGAGUGGAGCACACCCAAACCGGUGUGAGAUGGCUCGAUACACAGGUGGUCCUUGCCCUGCCGUACGACACCCCAGUUCCCGGCUACAUGAACAACACGGUCAACACCAUGAGGCUGUGGUCUGCUCGGGCGCCCAAUGAUUUCAACCUCCGCGAUUUUAAUGUUGGAGAUUACAUUCAGGCGGUGCUGGACAGAAACCUGGCGGAGAACAUUUCUCGCGUCCUUUAUCCGAACGAUAACUUUUUCGAGGGGAAAGAGCUGCGCCUGAAGCAGGAAUACUUCGUGGUCGCUGCGACGCUGCAGGACAUCAUCCGGCGGUUCAAAGCCUCCAAAUUUGGGAGCACUGAAAGUGUCCGGACUGCUUUUGAUUGUUUUCCAGACCAGGUCGCAAUCCAGCUGAACGACACUCACCCUUCCCUUGCUAUUCCGGAACUGAUGAGGAUAUUAUUGGAUAUCGAGAGGCUUCCAUGGCACAGGGCCUGGGACAUCACCACGCGGACCUUCGCGUACACAAACCACACCGUUCUCCCCGAAGCUCUUGAGCGCUGGCCAGUCGACCUGGUGGAGAAGCUGCUCCCAAGACACUUGCAGAUCAUCUACGAGAUAAACCAGCGGCACCUGGAUAGAAUCUCGGUCAUGUUUCCGAAGGAUGUCGAACGCAUUCGGCGGAUGUCGCUGAUCGAGGAGGAAGGGGUUAAGCGCAUCAACAUGGCCCAUCUUUGCAUCGUCGGCUCUCAUGCUGUAAACGGGGUGGCCAAGAUCCACUCGGAUAUCGUCAGGUCUCAAGUGUUCAAGGACUUUGCAGAACUAGAGCCCGAGAAGUUCCAGAAUAAAACGAAUGGCAUCACUCCCCGGCGCUGGCUUCUCCUUUGCAACCCGGGACUUGCUGAGUUAAUUGCAGAGAAAAUCGGAGAGGAGUACGUGAAAGACCUGAGCCAGUUGACGAAGCUGCACAAGUUCGUGCACGAUGAGGUUUUCAUCCGAGAAGUUGCCAAAGUGAAGCAGGAAAACAAGGUCAAGUUUGCCCAGUACCUGGAGAAGGAAUACAAGGUGAAGAUCAACCCAUCCUCCAUGUUCGACGUGCAGGUCAAGAGGAUUCACGAAUACAAGCGGCAGCUGAUGAACUGUCUCCACGUCAUCACCAUGUACAACCGCAUCAAGCGAGAUCCCAUGAAGUUGUUCGUGCCCCGGACAGUCAUCAUUGGAGGCAAAGCUGCUCCCGGCUAUCACAUGGCGAAAAUGAUCAUCAAACUGAUCACCUCUGUGGGCCACGUGGUGAACAACGACCCUGUGGUGGGGAACAAGUUGAAGCUCAUCUUCCUGGAGAACUACCGUGUCUCCCUGGCAGAAAAAGUGAUCCCAGCCACAGACUUAUCCGAGCAGAUUUCCACGGCAGGCACCGAAGCGUCUGGCACCGGCAACAUGAAGUUCAUGCUCAACGGGGCUCUGACCAUCGGGACUAUGGACGGUGCCAACGUCGAGAUGGCCGAGGAAGCUGGAGAAGAGAACCUCUUCAUCUUCGGCAUGCGAGUGGAGGACGUGGCGGAGCUGGACAGAAGAGGGUACAAUGCAGAAGCCUAUUACGAUCGGCUUCCCGAGCUGAAACAAGCCAUCGACCAGAUCAGGAGCGGUUUCUUCUCCCCAAAACAACCGGACCUCUUCAGGGAUCUGGUCAACAUGCUGUUCUACCAUGACAGGUUUAAAGUUUUCGCAGACUAUGAAUCUUACGUCCGAUGUCAGGACAGCGUCAGUCAACUCUACAUGAACACCAAGGAAUGGACCAAAAUGGUGAUCAGAAACAUCGCUGCUUCUGGGAAGUUCUCCAGUGACAGGACCAUCAAGGAGUACGCCCGGGACAUCUGGCACGUGGAACCGUCUGACCUCAAGAUCCCUCCCCCCAACGUGCCCCGGGAUGUUGCUGACGAGCAGAUGGCCAACGAAAUGGUUGACAAGUUGCACAUGUGAAUCUGAAAGAUGCUUAGCUCUGUUUGCAUAGCGGCUGUAAUGUACAGGGUGGGAAAUGCACCCUUCCCCCAGCAAUUGUUUAGCUACUAAGAGUAGUAAAGGUGAUGGGCUCUUGCGAUUUGGCUUCUAAACAGGGAACGGGAUCUGAGCGCUUUGGGGACGGUAUCGAUGGGAAUGAGUUGGGAGAGACGUACUUUAACCUGAUUCAAGUCUCUUAGCCCCGCCCUUCUUCCCAGGGAGACCUGGGAACUGUAGUUCUGCACGGCGCCUGGAGUUCUGUAAUAGAGCUGUUGACCUACAAACAACCAUCAUAGUUCCUAAGGUACCUUAGGAGGAAGAAGGGGAACUGGAGAACUGCUAAUCGGAGCUGUAGGUUACUGAUCCCUUCGCUGCAGUUGGCUUGUACUAAAUAAUGUAACGGAAGCCAAGGGCCGGGUCAGACUAUUUUUAAAAAAGACCAGUUGUAGACUAAUAUUCAAGGCAGCUUACCAUCUUACGCUCUUAGUAUUACCGUACCAGUUCCUUAACAUAGCACAGCACCCAUUGGGGAAAGAGGGGGGUUGAAACAGCAGGGGCGCAGUUGCUUGAGAAAUAGCUUGAGCUGUUUACUGCUCCCCUCCCACCAUCUCCCCAUGAGAGGUGAGCCUAUAUUCCAUUGCCACGAGCCAGACAUGGUGCUAUACAACCGGUGCUAUGUGUUUGGUCUGCUCAUGCAGCCAGAUCUGCGACGAAGUUGAGUGGCUGCACCCGCAUCGCUUGCAUACGCUUUAGGAAGAUGGGUUAGGGUGAAGGCAGCAUUCUGGGCAGCUAAGCUUUAAGGUUUAGAAGCAGGAGGGCAAAAUAUCUGCGGCUCCCUUCCCAUAAGAAGCUCGGGGGCAGCUUUUGCUGUUGUCUCUGGUGUUGUGUCGGAUCUACCCUCAUGCAUUCCUGAACGGCCACAGGCCUAAAAUAAAGUAAAAAGCCACACGCUC